CAUCCGACUUUACUGCACCUUUCUUACCUCCAACUCGCGACCAUUCGUUCGCCUGCAGGCAGGUCAUCUUUCACGACCGACCUUCACGCGACCUCCCAGUCCCAGUUAUCGCUUCCCGCUUUCACGAGACAUACGCUGCAAUUCAAUGAGCAAAUCUUCCACAGCCUCUGCACCAAAGCUUUCGUCGCCGCUUCCCUCACGGUCAGCUUGGUUAAAAGGCCCCCCGCAGAAUACCUCUUCGGCACCCACACCGAGAACACAGUCUCCUGCGCCGCCAAUCACACCAACGUCAGCUACCGCACCCUCCCACUCUAGACGACCAAGUACACUUCAGCAAGGAGUGAUAUUCAAGGAUGGCGUCGGAGCUCGCAGCCCAGUAGGCGCCCCAAAAUCAGCUUCAGUGACCUUCGGUUCAAUAGACGAUGCCUCCGCACCUUUAUCCUCAUCUCCUGCGUCCGUCCCUCCAAUUAAACCGGAGGUUCCCAAGACGUUCGGCUCCGUUACUGCGCAAUCCACCAUACUACCGGCCGUGAACGGCAAGCCAUCACCCUCACAAUCUGCGUCGACCUCGGUGUCAGCAUCCGCCAAGCCAUCGACAUCCACCGCAAAACUCGACGUGAAAAAAUUGUUCCAAGGCGGCGGACCAUCUUUGCAACCAUCGUCAGAUCCUGUCCCGUCUCCUUCGACACGGCCGGCCCCUCUCCCUCAGCAUUCAUCGUCACCGCCUCAACCCUCCACCUCACAUACGCCGCAGUCGUCACAGUUCGGCAGUCACUCCUUCCAAACGUUCGUGCCUGGUAGCGGCCUGCGGCCCACGCCGAACGGCACCAACGCAAGCGGACCACCACGGUCACCUGUAUAUCCCCGCCAACAACCUAAUGGCGCUGCGCCUCCUGCAAAUGUAAAUGGCCGCCCUCAGGGCGCGCCCGGCACUUCCCCUGCACCUUCGACGCCCAUGUCUGCGGGCAUGCCAUCACCGCGGAUGGGCCCUCCACAUCCGGGACAGCCGCCAGCAAUGCCGCCUGGACAGCCUGUUGCUUGGAAUCCUUAUUACUAUGGUUACCCAGGCAUGCCUCCUGAAUACAUGUACGCACCCCAAUGGCAAAUGCACCCUCACGUCGUUCCCCCUCCACACCAAGCGCCGCACACACCCGGUGGCCAACCCCCUCACCAACCUCCGCACCAGCACCAGCAGUCUGGUAUGCCAAUGUCCCCUCGCCACCCCCCGUCAUCAUUACACCCGCCUGGUACGCCCACAGUGACCCCUGCUGUCCCCGUGCCCGCCGCUUCCCCUCACAUCCAGUCCGUCAACCUCAGCUCUGUCACUUCCCCACCGUCCACUCCAUCCUCCGCCUCCGGCCCUGGCGCUGCCAGCGCUCACAUGAACCAGAACGCGAAGCCGUUUGUCCCCUCUGCUCGCAGGAUCACCAUCAAGAACUCAUCCGGUGUUGAGGUUGAUAUCGAGAGCAUCAAGAAGGGACACGCGCCUUCGGGCAGCGUGAGCGGGGUCCAGUCGCCUGUGUCCGCCGUCCCGGGCUCGCCAGCGCGGAAAGCAGUGCGGAUAGAGACCGAGGAAGCGAAGCUAAAGCGGCUCGCUGAUGAGGAGAAGGCCAAGAAGGAGAAGGAAGACCAGGAACGCCGCAAGCGCGAGGCCGAGGAGAAAGCCAAGCGUGAGGAAGAGGAACGCAUACAGAGGGAGAAGGAGGAGGCCGAGCGUAUCCAGAGGGAGAAGGAAGAGGAGGAACGUCGGAAAAAGGAGGAAGUGGAGAAGGAGCGGCUGCGCAAGGAGGAGCAAGAGAGGGAGCGUAUUCAAAAGGAAGAGGAGGAGAAGGAGAGGCUACGCAAGGAGGCCGAAGAAAAAGUACGCAAGGAAGCCGAAGAGAAGGUACGCAAGGAGGCCGAAGAGAAGGUACGCAAGGAGGCCGAAGAGAAAGUGCGCAAGGAGCGGGAAGAAGCCGAGCGAAGGCAGAAGGAGGAAGAGGAGCGCGCGAAACGCGAGGCCGAAGAGCAAGAGCGUGCGCGCAUCGAGGCCGAGGAGAAGGCUGCCGCUGAGGCGCAGGCCGCUAAGAAGGCCGAGGCUGCUCCCGAGCCAGAACCUGCUGAGCCCAAAUCGCAGGAGGUUGAGGAGGGCGAGCUCGAGGAACAGGAUCAGAAAGACGAUGCCGAGGCCCGCGACAAGGUCCCAGAGAAGCCUCCUCUGCGCCUUGACACCACGCUCGACAAGAAGCGGCCCGGGCCACUUGAUCUCUCAGGGACAAAAGGCCCUAUUCAAUCAGCGCUACCGUCCGCUCUGGCCACUGCUCGCAUCAUUGAGGAUAUUUCUGAGAUCAGCUACCCAGAGGGCAUUAUGAGCCCGAAGGUUGAGCUUAACAUGAACGCAAAGCAGGGCAAGUUCCGCUACGAUCGCGACUUCCUCCUUCAGUUCAUGGCUGUCUGCAAGGAGAAGCCUGAUUCUCUCCCUCCCCUCGACGCCAUAGGUCUAGAACCUUCCGAUCAACACUUCACUAUGUCUCGCGGUGGCUCCGGCCGUCGUCAACCGUCCAUCUCUGGCAUGCCACCACCGUCGUCCACCGCUCGUCCGGGUGGUGGCGUUGGCCUCGGUAUCUCUGGUUUCAAGCAGUCUGGCUUCACCAUGGGCCAGUUCGCCACACCGGGCGGCAAGAUGUCCAGCGAGGAACGGUUCGCCAUGGCAAAUCGCUCUACGAGCAUGUCUAGUGGCCCCGCAGGUAUGCCCUUUGGUCGUCCAUCGCCAAUGGUCCGCUCUUCCAGCCAAGGCGGUCCCGGUGCCGUGCCCAUGGGCAACAAACGGACUCGCAGCAAGCGUGGCGAGAACCGCAAUGCAAAUGCUGCACCAUCGCAACCAUCCGCGUUUGGUAACUCUGCGGCCGCCCAGCUGGCUAACUUUGAGCCCGUUGCUCCCCUUGAGUUCUCCGCCAAUCGCUGGACCCCGCAAAGUAUGGGCCGCAAGGGCGCAGGCGACGAUGAGUCCCCCGAGGUUGUCGAACGUAAGGUCAAGGGCCUCCUCAACAAGCUCACUAUGGAGAAGUUCGACUCUAUCUCUGACCAGAUCAUCGCAUGGGCCAACAGGUCCGAGAAGGAGAAGGAUGGCCGCACACUCAUUCAGGUCAUCAAGCUUGUCUUCGAGAAGGCGACUGAUGAGGCUACCUGGUCCGAGAUGUACGCUCGCCUUUGCCGCAAGAUGAUGGAGCAGAUCUCGCCAAAGGUCCAAGACGACGGCAUCCGUAAUGCCGAGGGCAAGCAUAUCACUGGUGGUCACCUCUUCCGCAAGUACCUCCUCAAUCGUUGUCAGGAGGACUUCGAGCGCGGAUGGGCCUCUAAGGAAUCCACUGCCGCUGCUGCCGCGUCGAAGGCCGGCGAGGACGAGGCCGCCAAGGCCGCUGCUGAGAACAGCGGUGAUGGCGAGGUCGCGCUCUACUCCGAAGAGUACUACGCCGCGCAGAAGGCCAAGCGUCAGGGUCUCGGUCUCAUCAAGUUCAUUGGUGAGCUGUUCAAGCUGCAGAUGCUCACGGAGCGUAUUAUGCACGAGUGUGUCAAGAAGCUCCUGGGCAACGUCGAGAACCCUGAAGAGGAAGAGAUCGAAUCGCUCUGCAGGCUGCUCACCACUGUUGGCGCCCUCUUGGAUACUCCUAAGGCUCGCGCACACAUGGACGUUUACUUCUCGCGCAUGAAGGAGCUGACCAAGAGCCAGAAUGUCACGUCUCGUAUGCAGUUCAUGCUUCAGGAUAUUCUUGAGCUUCGUGAGCGGAAAUGGAUACCACGUAACCAGGCCGCUGCACCUACGACACUUGCUGCCGUCCACGAACUAGCUGCGAAGGAGAAGGCCAAUGUUGAGAAAGAGCAAUACCAACGCACUCUCAGUAUGUCCCGUGGCGGGUCAAGACGGGGUGGCGAACGUGGCGAGCCUCAAGUCGGUCCCGAUGGCUGGGCUGUUGCCGGUGGCUCUACUCGUAGUGUCCCUCCCAAGGCCGGCGACCUGUCGAACUUUGGCAAGAUCAGCAAGCCUGCGACAAUGACCUUCGGCCCCAGCAGUGUCUUCGCUGGAAAGAAGGAAGGCAAACGCGACUCAACACCAAUCCCAAGGCAGGGCUCUGCCAACAUGUUCUCGAUGCUCGGCAACUCCGAGAUCUCAGUUGAGGGUCCCCCGGCGUCCAAGGGCAGUCGUCCGCCGAGCCGCAAGCCUUCCAUUGAUCUUGGUUCCGGUGGUGCUCCUGAGGUUGCUCCACAGCGUCGCAAGCUUAACCUCCUUCCUCGUACAGUAUCUAAGCCCGACGACACUCCAGCAGGGUCUACGGUUCCUUCCGAGGACGAAGGUGGCGACGCCGCUCCGUCACAAAUGUCAGACGAGGAGGUCAAGGCACGUAUUGCAGAAGACACCAAGGAGUUCUUCAGCAUCCGCGAUCUAGAGGAGGCUGAGGUGUACUUCACGAAGCUGCCUGUCGAGCACCGCCAUAAGCUGGUCGACAAGCUUGUCAGCUUCGCGCUCGAGUCCAAAGAGUCGGACGUCACGCUUGUCUCCGACCUCUUCGCUCGCGCGGUCGCCAAGAACCUUGCCUCGCCAGCGACAUUCGAGCAGGGCUUCGAGGGUACCGCCGAGUUCCUUGACGACAUCGCCGUCGACGCGCCGAAGGCUCCGCAGUACUUCGUCGCGAUGAUGAAAGGUGCAGGCCUUGACAAGGACGAGGAGCGGUGUACACGGCUGCUGGGCAAGUCCAUGGACAGUGAGAAACUGCUGGGCAUGCUGGCGCCUGCGUCUUAGACUUAUUCGUCUUUUUCGUUCAUACUUGCAUUUCUCACGGCUUUAUGUAUUGCGUCCAUCGUCUCACUUAUUCAUCGGCAUUUUUGUAAUUAUUACACUAGUACGCUAUAUCGAUCCCAUGUUUCUUGCGUCCUGACUAUUCGCGGGGCUGCAACGAUGAUUACAGGAUGUCAAUAUGUAAGGUGUAGCUU